UAGUCACUGGGACAACAAGAAACUGGAAAGACCAAAGAAUUAAAUCCAAGCCUGGCCCUCAAAUUCGGUUACCAGGCUACCACAAUGCUUUUGUAAAUAGAAACAGCUAGUUACAAAGCUGCUCCGAUCUCUUCCUCAAAUCCACUUACUUUCUAAUUAGAAAGCUCUAUCCCAUAGCCUUCUAAAAUAUAUUUAAAUAUUUUACUCAGAUUUUUUUGGGGGGAAUGUCAUCAUUAUUGAUUUCCUCUUUUUAAAAUUUAAUUAUUUUGAAUAUUUUUUGAAAGAGGUUAAGACGUAAAACUUUUCUUAGAUUUUGUUUUUUCAUCCCUAAUGGUUUGAAGUUAAAUAUUGUUUGAUCGCCAGUAUUGUUCGUUGGUAUGGAAUGGAGGAUUAUGGGAGAGCCAGAGAGACACCAUGGAAAUCAGAACCAACACCGGAAAAGAAUGGAAGCAGCUAUUUCCACCAGCUGCUGAACAAGCGUGUAGUGAUGAGUGCCAGAGAGGAUGUGAAAUGUCUUCUUCAUCGUUUGAUCUUUGUCUCCAAACUGUCUCCAGAUCUGGCAGAUAAGAGGGACCUUGGAGAUUACUGGGAAGGUCAAUUCCAGCGUUACAGUCAAGGAGAAGCCGUCACUGGUCUCCUGUUACUGUAUCCUUCAUAUACAAUACAUGUGCUAGAGUCCAGCAGUGAAGUCCUGUACUGUGUUCUCCACGAACUUACACGGAUGAAGAAACAAGGAGGCAGGGCUCUGGUUUUGGACCCCAAAAUCCUGGUGAUGUCUCACAAUAUUCCCAACCGACUGUUUAACCAGUGGUGCUACAAAGUAUUAAACGUCCCAGGUCAGCACCUGGCUGACAAGUACAACGAGUCGUCCACGGACAGUGUUAUCAGUGAGUGUCUGAGCAAACUGCUACAGAUCGGAAAGCACCUCACUAAGUAUCCCAAGGGCUCAAAGAACAUCCCAGACUCAGUGUUUGAGAAGGUGCCAGAGUUGAUUGUCCCACAGGCUUCCAUCUACCACCUCCUGAACUGCAAAGAGCUUCUCACUCCUGACCAGUUCCUGCAGGUCUACGGCUCACCUCUUAACAUUCUCUUAGAUUCUGGACAUGUGUUUGGGAGUAUAAACCAGAGCACAGUGUAGGCUUCUAUGAGCCAGUGAAGGUACAGUAUUGUAUGGAAGUCCAGUCAUUCCUGCAUGUUAUUUUCCCAUCUCCACUCUACUUUUGCCCUAUGGGGCUACAUCUUCCCUCACUACCAACGCGAUCCUCGCCUCUGCUAGCUUGCUUUUAGUGGAAUGUGUAAGUAGCUUGUUGGACUGACUUCAUGAAUGUGCAUGCUUCUAGAUGUAGUAAUUAACAUCUAAUUUCCUCUUAUGUGUUAAGUAUUCAAUGUGUGCACUGUGGCCGAGUAGAGGGUGUAGAGACCGUCCAUGUCAUGUGCCACUAUAAAAGGUAUUUCACUGUAUGAUGCCCAUACAAGUGCAGGCAUCCUCAAGAGAUCAUUUUGGCAUCCACUGUACUCCUCCGAAACUGUUGCAAGAAAAAAAAUAAAGGGUCAUUUUGUAAGUGGGGGGAAAAUAUUAUACUUAUAUUCUGCCAAUAUUCCUUUAAAUACAUUUCCUGCCAAAUAACCAGAAGCUGUCUAUCAGCUGGGAUGGAAGCAAACAUAUAAACUCUUCCUUCUCUCCCUCAGAUUGUAAGAGAAUAAUUUGGGGUUUAGAAGAGAGACAGUGGGGGUCAUUUAUCAACUCUGGGCAAAUUUGCACUUGGGCAGUAACCCAUGGCAACC